AUGGGGUUUACAAGCUUGGUAGUCUGUCUUCUCUUUGUUUUGCAUGGCCUAAGGAGCUCUUCUGCUCAUAGUCAUCAAGGGAGAGGAAGAAGUAUGAAUGAGCUAACUGCUAACAUAGAAGAUGUUGCACCGACUCAAAAGGAACUUACUAAUCGAGCUCUCCUUGCUGGUGCUGCAAAAAAGGGGCUUGUUGGUGGAAGGAAAAUGGUGGAAGAUAAAGAGUUGAGGAAAAAGAUUGAGAAAGAGGAAGAGCUAAAUGGGAAAACAUCAAAGAUUUCAGGAAAGGAUAAGAAUGCUUCAAAGGAUUCUCUUGGAGGACCAGAAGGUCUCUUGAACACUCAGAUUAAACCUGUCCAAUCAAACACCAAACCUCAACAACCUCUUGGUUCCAAGGCAGUUUCAAAGAAAGCCCACCUGGGCACGUCUUCAAAAUCAAGCAAAACAGUGACUUCUGAGUAUCAAAAACAUGAGACUUCUCAGAAAGAUGAAUCAAAAGGACUUGCUGAUGCAGCAGACAAAAUCGCAAACCUGAUGCGCAAGGAUUAUGAAGGAAUGGAUAGCCCACGCCGCAAUCCACCCAUCAACAAUCAUGAACCUAUGGAUUAA